AUGGAAGAAGCUGAGCUGGUGAAGGGACGACUCCAGGCCAUCACAGAUAAAAGAAAAAUACAGGAAGAAAUCUCACAGAAGCGUCUGAAAAUAGAGGAAGAAAAAUUGAAACACCAACACCUAAAGAAAAAAGCCUUGAGGGAGAAAUGGCUCCUGGAUGGAAUCGGCAGUGGAAAAGAGCAGGAAGAGAUGAAGAAGCAAAAUCAACAAGACCAGCACCAGACCCAGGUUCUAGAGCAAAGCAUCCUCAGGCUCGAGAAAGAGAUCCAAGAUCUUGAAAAGGCUGAACUGCAAAUCUCAGCCAACGAAGAGGCAAUUCUAAAGAAGCUAAAAUCGAUCGAGAGGACCACAGAGGACAUAAUAAGAUCUGUGAAGGUGGAAAAAGAAGAAAUCCCAGAAGAAUCAAUUGAGGACAUCUAUGCUAAUAUCCCUGACCUUCCAAGUUCCUACAUACCUUCCAGAUUAAGAAAGGAAAGAAAUGAAGGACAAGAUGAUGAUGAACAAAAUAGAAAAGCUUUGUACGCCAUGGAAAUUAAAGUUGAAAAAGAUUUGAAGACUGGAGAAAGUGUUGUUCUGUCUUCAAUACCCCUCCCAUCAGAUAACUUUAAAAGUACAGGAGUAAAGGUGUACGACGAUGGGCGGAAGUCAGUCUAUGCAGUCAGCUCCAAUCAGAACACAACCUACAAUGGCACUGAUGGCCUCGCACCUGUGGAAGUAGAGGAUCUCCUAAGACAAGCCUCAGAGAGGAACUCUCAGUCACCCACAGAGUACCAUGAGCCCGUGUAUGCCAAUCCGUUUUGCAGGCCUACAACCCCACAGAGAGAGAGAGUAAGCCCUGGACCAAACUUUCAAGAAAGGAUAAUGAUGAAAGCUAACGGACUGAGCAACCAUGCAAAUGAAUCCAUGCACAAUAUGAGCGAUGGGCUUUCAGAGGGGAGAAGCAAUGGUCCAUCUCACACCAUCCCUACGCGGCCAACACCUCAGCUCCGAUCAACGAUUCAGCAAGCCGAAGAGAUAGUCCACGCCCAGCAAAAGAUGGUCACUCCUUGGGAAGACUCGAACAUCAGGCAAAACGAUCAUGAGGCUUCUCCAAGGACGGGACUGAGCCCCCGCCCAGCAAGCCCUGGGAAGUCAGAACCCCAGUGUUCCUCACCCGCUUGCCAGGAGGAAGCUGAAGAUGUAAGAUACAACAUCGUUCAUUCUCUGCCUUCUGAUGUGGAUGGCACAGAACCUGUAACGAUGAUUUUCAUGGGCUAUCAGCAAGCAGAUGAUAAUGAAGAAGAAAAGAAGCUUUUGACAGGGUACGACGGGGUCAUCCAUGCUGAGCUGGUGGUGAUUGACGACGAGGGGGAGGAGGAUGAAGGACAAGCUGAGAAGCCAUCCUACCAUCCCGUAGCUCCCUGUAGUCAGGUUUACCAGCCAACCAAACCAACCCCACUUCCUAGAAAGAGAUCGGAAGUUAGUCCUCAUGAAAACGCAAACCAUAAAUCUCCCCACAAAAACUCCAUAUCUCUGAAAGAGCAAGAGGAACGCUUAGGCAGCCCUGCCCGCCACUCUCCCCUGAGUGUCCCAAUGGCUGGAGAUGGGACUGAGGAUCCGUCCUUAACAGCUUUAAGGAUAAGGAUGGCAAAGCUGGGGAAAAAGGUAAUCUGAGAGCCGUAGUGCCCACCUGAAGAACCUUCGGAGAAGCCAAGAAAUGCCUGAAAAUUUCUCUCCUGAAUAUUUUUAUUUCUUUUUCCUAAAGUCCAAAAACAUAUAUAGUUAU